AUGGCGCCUCGGUUCCUAUUCGUGAAUAAGGAUGCCCGAAGUACCUCCCUGACUCGAAGCAAUGCCUCCGAACAAUCCUCCAUCAAUUCCCAUGUCCAGCGUGGCCGGCCUCAUCGACGAUCUGCCCCUGCUUCCGCCCGUUCGGGCAAUCGGACCAGGAGAACCUUUGUCCGAGAAAAGUCAAACACAUCAAGCGCCUCGUCUCAGGCUGGCUUCAGCACCAUCAAAGCGGACCCAUCAGCAUCCGCCCCACCAGCAAAAGAUGGGCUCGUGCAUGGUCCGGACAUAUCUCAAAGAAGACUUCCUUCUCGACCUCAUUCACGUAACGAACGAUCUCAUCGCAAUGAGUCUGAUAAACCUCCAUCACCAAUUAACAGAUCUCCCGCGGCAUCAAGCACCGACGGCAAGUCGAUCGUACUCUUGAAUCCUUCGCAUCCUCUAAAUUCCCCCCGAGACGUUUCUCAGAUGACAGACAGAUCUCUCGACCCCUUUGGCAUAUCUGUUGUUAAGUUAGAUCCUCAUGUCGCCAAGCUUUGCCGUUAUUUUUGCGAGAAUUUCCAUCCUAGUGUGUGGAACGCCGAGACCUGGGCUUCUCCUGAGGGGUCAUAUACAUAUCAAACUUCUGCUCCGGUCGUCAUACGACGCGCAAUGCAAAGCGAGGUCGAAAUGAAUGCAAUGCUUGCUUGUAUGGCUGCCAGGAUGGAGAACGUUGAUCGGAUACCCGGGCAAGGCACAGACAAGUAUAUGGGAAACGCUCUCAAGGCUGUGAGGCGACAAUUCAGCUCUGCUCCGAAACACCAGCUUUUAUUAACCAUUUUUCAUCUCUUUGCAGGAGAAGCGUACCGACAAAAUUAUCAAGCGGCCAAGAUCCAUAUGCGGGCGGCGAAGGUUUUAUUCGACUCGUGGGGUGGCCUUAACCACGUUCCAGACCCUUGCCUGAGGGAAUUGUUCAUCAUUGGUGACGGUCAUAUGUCGGCGGCUCUUUUGGAGCCUUGUGACCUGCCUUGCGAAUGGGAUCCAGGACCAUACUGGGACGUCACCCCAUCCACGUUGCAGCUGGCUCCUGAGCAGGAUCUGAGCAACAUUGCGCCGGCCUUGCAAAAGAAUUCCAACGAUGGAUUUCUUUCGGAUGAUUUGGUCAAUGCAAUAAGAGAAACGGCAGAGUGUACCUGGGUACUGCAUUACGCCCCGCUGGGCUCACCAGAGGCCACCAAACAUGCCGCUAGAUGGCUCCAAUGGCGCAAUGCAGCCGUCAGAUAUCGACUUCUGGCCAUGAAGUGUACAGAUCUGAGCCUCGAUGCUGUCCGAGUUGGGUUGCUUAUGUGGAUCCUAACUUCGAUGGUGUUGUUGGGUAUCAGGAGAUUGGGAAAUCUAAUUGCCCCGAAGCUACAGAACAUCUUGAGAAAAGCCAAUAACCCUUCCUAUCAAUGGCAAGGCCGUGUUGAAUUGAAAAUAUGGAUUCUUACCGUCGGUGCCAUGUGCUCCAUGAUUAAUAGUGAAGAAGAGAAUUGGUUUGUCGACCAGCUCUUCGAGAUUGGGUUGCCCACCAAUAUCCAACGGUUUCGGGAUAUGCAUCCGGAAAAUGAGACGGUUGAUAUUCUGAAAAACUUCCAAGAGAAGUUCUUCUAUUAUGAUGCUAUCCAGCGGCCAAGAUUGGAAAGGUUAGCGUACCUCAUCCAAGAUGGCCAGAGUCAGAGGUCUAGCUCUGUAUCACAAGGUACUCCCAGUGACCCGGGAUGGAAGACUAAUUCUCCAAGUUGA